AUGUCUGGAAAUCAAAAUCACAUGCACCCAACACUUCAAGGAGCCACAAGGUUUGGAGGGAUUGCUGGAAUUGUAUCUGGUUAUCCAUUAGAUACAAUAAGGAUAAGGCAACAAAGCUCAAACAUUUUUGGUGGUUCAUCAUCAUCAGCAUUCAGUGUUCUUAGAAAUGCUAUUGCUAAGGAAGGACCAGCUUCUCUUUACCGUGGCAUGGGUGCACCUUUGGCCUCUGUUACAUUUCAGAAUGCUGCAGUUUUCCAAACUUAUGCAGUUCUCUCAAGAGUUUUUGACAAAUCUGUUUCUCCCAAAGACCCUCCUUCCUAUAAGGGUGUAGCAUUAGGAGGAGUUGGCACUGGUGCUCUCCAGAGCAUAAUUCUUUCCCCAGUAGAGCUGAUUAAGAUUCGUCUUCAACUGCGCCGUGGUGCAAACCACUUGACAGAACCCCAAAAGGGUCCUGUUAUGGUUGCCAAGAACAUAUGGAGAAAGGAAGGACUCACAGGAAUCUACAGAGGACUAGGCAUCACUGUGAUAAGAGAUGCACCUGCCCAUGGUAUCUAUUUCUGGACAUAUGAAUACGUAAGAGAACAGCUUCACCCAGGAUGUAGAAGAAGUGGCCAAGAAAGCUUGACAACUAUGUUAACAGCAGGUGGGUUAGCUGGGGUAACAAGCUGGAUUUCUUGCUACCCUUUUGAUGUUGUGAAAACAAGGUUACAGGCACAAACACCAGAUUCUUUAAAAUACAAUGGCAUUGUUGAUUGCCUUAGAAAGAGUAUUAAGGAAGAAGGGCAUGCUGUUCUAUGGCGUGGACUAGGAACUGCAGUUGCUAGAGCUUUUGUGGUGAAUGGUGCUGUGUUUGCAGCAUAUGAGAUAACACUAAGGUUAUUGUUUAGUAAUGGAAAUAUUCAAAUGCAGGAAACUAUAUAAGACAAUGAAUUGAAUUCACUCCCUCCCCUUGUUUUCGUGGGAGACAUUAGAAUGAUAUAAUCAUUAGAAUAACAGAUGUAAUAUAAAACAAUUGAAAUGCAGGUUUGAUAUUGAAAAGCAUUA